UCAUAAAAAAUUAAAAUUUAAGUGAACAAUGUCCUACGGUAGUGGAGGUUACAACCCCUAUCAACCAGCUGGCGCUGGUUAUAAUGAUGGAUACUCAGCUCCUCCUGGAGCCUACCCACCUCAAAAUGCUCAGGUCUCACCGGAAGCUCAAAGAUGGUUUAAUAUGGUUGAUCGUGACCGUUCCGGUAAAAUUAAUGCUGAAGAACUACAAAGGGCUUUAGUUAAUGGGCGUGGCGAACAUUUUUCCGACACGUCAUGCAAACUAAUGAUAAGUAUGUUUGACAACGAUGCCAGCGGCACCAUUGACGUUUACGAAUUCGAAAAACUGUACAAUUAUAUCAAUCAGUGGCUGCAAGUGUUUAAAACUUAUGAUCAAGAUGGUUCGGGACAUAUUGACGAGAGUGAAUUGAGUCAAGCUUUCAUACAAAUGGGUUUUCGCUUCUCGCCAGAGUUCAUACAAUUCCUGGUGAAAAAGAGUGAUCCGCAAAAUCGUAAAGAAGUAUCCGUAGAUCAGUUUAUUGUAGUUUGCGUACAAAUACAGCGUUUCACUGAGGCUUUCAGGCAGCGAGACACCCAGCAGAAUGGGGUCAUAACGAUUGGAUUUGAAGAUUUCUUAACCGUAGCUCUUGGCUGUUCGGUUUGAAGACAAAUACUGUAGAAAUGCUUUAUAUUUUAUGUAAUAGUAUAAUGGAAAAAUUCAUCUUUAUAUGUAUGCACGCCUUUUAAAAAUUAUUGCAUUUGUAUCGCUGUUUAUUUGUAUGGUAUGCUUUGGUUUCCCUUUCUUAGUAUUGUUUAAUUUAAAAAAGACCACAAUGUUUAUACAUUCUUUUUAAUAUGUUUUACUAUGUAAUUAAAAUCACUGAAGUACAAAAAAAAUCUUUCAAUAACGUAACAUCUUUCUGUUACUGCGAGUGAAAUGGAAACAGAUGAUCGUAGGCUGAAUUUUCUUGAUUCGAAUGACUAAUCCACGAAGAGAUCAAUGCUGACAUGGCUUUUUAUGUAGAGUUCGACUAUGUACUUCGAGUCUUACACCUACAUAGAGUUCGCUUUAAGUUAUUUUGACGUUUUCAGUUAAUUUAGUGGUCAGCAUUUUCCACCAUUAAAAAAAUCUGGUCAGUUGGUUACAUUUAUUUCAUAGGUUCCUAGCAUGAUCAAGCAUCUAAAAUAAUACGUUACGUAUGGUACUAAGGCCACCAUUGCCAAGUUUUAAUUGCUUUUAAAACGUUCAGUGUCGAGCUUAGAUUUAUUAUUGCAAAGCAUACUAAAUAAUUUUCCAAAAUAGUUCGAUUCCGAAAAUGCACUUGUUAUAUUAACCACCCUUGCUUG